CUAAAUAUCGGCGCUUCUUAAGCAACAGCUAGUAAACAUUAAACAACCCAUUCAUCUCGCCAAAUACGAUACCGUUUCAAUCAUUUAACAAUAAUUCAGAUUCGUUUUUUGUUCCCUUCGAAUCUAAAACCCAUUAGAUCUCUCUCUCUCAAUCUGAUCGUCGUUCAAUCAAUGACGUACAGCGACGUCGCCGAUAAGCCGGUACCUGAGCUGAAACUAAGGAUGGAGGAUUCCGGAAACGGAGAUUAUGUGAAAUUGAGAGGAGGAUCGGAUGAAGAAGAACAAGGAUCUCCCGCGGAAUCAUCGUUAGGGUCUGUCUGGUUCUGGGUUAAAUCGAUCGCCCUCGUCGCUUGUGUUGGUGUAUUAGCAUUUGUAAUUAUUAAAUGGGUUGCUCCGUUUCUGAUCGAAAAGGAACUGAUUCCGUUUAUAAAUUGGGUGAGAAGCACAUUCAGCAUCCCGGUGCUAGGUCUUCUCCUCUUUGCCUCGGUUGCUUCGUUCCCAAGCAUUCUUCUUCCUUCCUCUCCUUCCAUGUGGAUGGCUGGUCUUACCUUUGGUUAUGGCAAAGGCUUUCUGUUGAUUCUGUCAGCAGCAUCAAUCGGUGUUACUCUUCCUUUCUUGAUCGGACAUCUCUUCCUCCACAAGAUGCAAGAAUGGUUGAAGCAGUACCCGAAAAAAGCAGCUAUACUUCGAGCCGCGGGUGAAGGAACCUGGUUUCAUCAGUUUCAAGCAGUCACGUUAAUCCGUGUCUCGCCAUUCCCUUACAUGAUUUACAACUACUGCGCAUUAGCCACUGGAGUUCACUACGGUCCUUACAUCUUAGGCUCUCUUGUCGGAAUGGUCCCUGAGAUAUUCGUCUCAAUCUACACGGGAAUAAUGCUGAGAACGCUAGCUGUUGCAUCAGACCAGAGACACACUCUUUCGGUUGUGGAGAUAGUAGUGAAUGUUCUUGGUUUCUGUGUAACUGCGGCCGCUACUAUUGUCUGCACAAUCUAUGCCAAGAAGAAGCUAAGCUCAAUGCAAUCUGACGAAGUAGAGACACUAUAAACACACAGUACAUAACUAUUUUCGUCACUCUUACCACAUCAUAUCAUCUUCUAACACGGAUCUUGAAACUCUUAUCAUAUUAUAUUAAUUUGAAAAUGUAUAUCUCUGCUUUUUUUUCUUCUUGUAUAUAUCUCAAUUGAAUUUUGAAAUUAUUUUUCAUUUA